AUGGCCCCCCUCGCCGAGAAGCACAACAUCAGCUACAGCCAGUUUGCCUGCAUCGGCUCCGGCUUCUCUGCCAUUGGACUCGGCGCGACGCUCAAGAGAUGGUACGGCAUCACCGACGUUCGCUUCUUUGAGCGCCACAGCGACCUGGGCGGAACGUGGUUCGUCAACACAUACCCGGGAUGCGCUUGCGACGUGCCCAGCAUAUUAUACAGCUUCUCCUUUGCGCCCAACCCGAAUUGGACCCGCGUGCUCCCCUCGGCCCGCGAGCUCUGGGCCUACCUCAAAAAGGUGGCUGACGACCAUGACCUGCCGGCCAAGAUGACUUUCGGCGCCGACGUGAUUCGCUGCGAGUGGCUGCAGCACUCGCGCCGCUGGCGUCUGCACAUUCGAAGCACCGACGACGGCACCGUCUCGCUGCACGAGUGCCAGUUCCUCUUCACCGGCGCCGGCGCCCUCUCCAAGCCGCGCGAGCCCGAUAUGCCGGGCAUCGACUCGUUCCGCGGCCCCGUCUUUCAUGCGGCGCGGUGGAGGCAUGACGUCGACCUCCGGGGCAAGCGCGUGGCCGUCGUCGGCAACGGAUGCACCGCGACGCAGGUUGUGCCCAGCAUCCUCGACAAGACCGAGCACCUGACGCAGUAUAUCCGCUCCAAGCACUGGAUCAUCCCGCCCGUCGACGUCCCCCAUACCAAGACGAUCCAGUGGCUCUUUGGCCAUGUCCCGGGCUUCAUGGCCUUUGUGCGCUUCAUCGUCUUUUGCAUUGCCGAGGACGAACUGCGAAGCUUCUACAUGACGAACGCCGGCGCUCGGUUCCGCGUCCGCCGCGAGGCCCAGAUCGCCAGCUACAUGCGCAAGACGGCGCCCCAAAAGUACCACAAGCUUCUCGUCCCGGAAUUCGAGAUUGGCUGCAAGCGCCGCAUCUUCGACCCGGGCUACUUGGCGGCCCUGCAUGAGCCCAACAUCACCCUCACCGACGACCCCAUCGUCGAGGUGCUGCCGGACGCCGUCCGCACCAAGAGCGGCAUCAUGACCGAGACGGACGUCAUCGUACUGGCCAACGGCUAUGCCACCAAUCAGUUCUUGCCGGGCAUCCAAGUCGUUGGCCGCGACGGCGUCACUUUGGACCAGCACUGGUCCUCCUUUGACGGGCCCGAGGCAUACAACUGCUGCGCCCUCAACGAAUUUCCAAACUUUUUCAUGAUCUUGGGACCCAACACGGCCACGGGUCACACAUCCACCAUCAUGGCUAUUGAAAACGCCAUCAACUACUCCCUCCGCGUCAUCAAGCCCGUCAUCGACGGCGACGCCACCGUCGUCGAGAUCAAGCGCGAGGCCGAGGAGCGCUACUCGCAGCAGCUGCAGCAGAACCUGCAAAAGACUGUAUGGUGGGGAGGCUGCCGCAGCUGGUACACCAAGGAGGGACCCGACGGCAAGAAGUGGAACGCCAUGACAUAUCCUCACUCGCAGGGCCACUACUGGUACAAGUGCCUCUUCCCCGUCUACCGAGAUUGGUCUUACACGAUGACGCCCAACGUCACGCGUCGGCAGUUAUUGCGCAGGACACUCAAGAUCUUGUGGAUAGGCCUCUUCGUCUCUUUCAUCAGCGUCUCGCUCGCCGCCAAGAAUCCUCCGUUCGAUGUCCGCUGGCCCAUCUACUACGUGACACGCUCCUGGCAGGCCUUGAGACAGCGACUCUCUUUGUAA